AGAGGCACUAUGCUGAGAAGUCUGCAUGUCUUUGUCAAGAACUCGUAUGAUUAGAAUUGUUGUCAGCGGCCGUCCUCUUCGUUCCAGGAUUCUCAUCUCGACAAGGGAACGACGAGGAGAGUAAAUCAACUGUAGGCGAUGGAGCUGAAGGUUAGUGCCAAUAUUAAUUAGAUAAAUUAAUUAAAUUGGACUUUAUCUAGGUCGUAUCUCUUUGAGACCGAAGGCCAAGUGUAGACUCAUACUGUAAAGUUAUAUAUAGAGCUAGUGCUGUGGAGGUCAACUGAACAGUUCAAUAACUACUAAUGGUCAAAAGAAUAAAUAAAUAAUUAAUACUAAACUUUUUAAAAUUGUGCUUAUUUUUAGGAUUUUACGUAAGAAUAUUUAGAUAAGUGUGAGUGUGAUUUUUGUUUAAGAGUUACUAACUAUAUAUUUAUUAAUUCAUAUUUAUGUUUUAUGUCUAUAGUAUAGUUGGGACAUGCCUACUUACAUUGUUGGGAUUUGGGUGGUAAUGUUCAAGUAUGUAAUAGGCAUACAUACACUAUCUCUAAAUUCAAAGUUGUUUAGACUUUAAAACGUCAUGUGACUCAUUGCAGAAAUUCUCGAUGCUGUGGAGUGUAGAAUCUUGAGACUGCAUGGUGUCCAGAGACCAAGAGUUUCCACAGCAAGUGGAUGAAAGAUGCCACCAGCUGCUCUAACUCUAUCAGUGUGACAAAACGUCUUUGCUAGCUUCCGCAGUUUCUGCAGCAACUUCUCUAUAUCAUUUGCAUGUACACAGCAAAAUACUAUUAAAAUAUAAAAAUAUAAUAAUAUAAUUAUUAUUGAUUCUGAGACUGUUGAUAUUGUAACACACCUUUUAGUUUACUGUAUGUCCAUUGUGUUGUUGUCUUGUUGGAUCUUCAUUAAUUGAGUGUCCAACUAAUGUUUGUCAGUUGACGACAAAAGAGGGCACACUGAAGUUUAUGUAGCUUCCUGUUCAAAUAAUGUUCCCAGGCUCUCAUUAGAGGUAAUUUAUACUUCAGUUCUGAAUUAUUAUAUUAUUUCUUGUCUUGUAGCAGUUGUUCUUUUUUCUAUUUAUUGGACAAAUCAGUACAUUAGUAGAGUCUAGAUAUUGUUGAUGAUAGCAUUUGACAGUACAGUUUUGAGUGAGUAAUUGUUGCUUGUUAAAUUUUGUGUUGUGUUGGAGAUGACCCAAAUUUUACAACAGAUUGGUGAAGGACAUGCCUAUAGGACUUAGGAAUGUCUAUCUGACAGAUGUAUAUUAUGGUGAAUUUUACAAGCAUUUGUACUGUACCUGAAAGGCACUACAGAAACGUUUACGGAUAAUGUAGUUACAGAGAUAAACAAGGUUCUACCUAAACCAAGGCAAUGGGAGAGCUUGUCAAAUUUGUGCCACAAUAUGUCUCAAAUGUGGCAGUGGAAAGGUGCAACGCAUUGGUUCUUGAAACUUUUCAUUGAUCAACUGAGCCAACUGUCAAAGGUGUUUGAAAGUGAUAAUGCAAAUCUGGUUUGCCGAGAAGAGCAGUGGUUAUGAUUGUUACAUUGGACAUUGCCAUGCCCAGGCUGCCAGUUGAAAUCACAAAGCUACCAGGACGUUUGGCAAAAAUGAAUGAUUGGAAGGUAAAACAAUCGUCGGUGGAGCUUCUAAUUCAUCUAUAGCAUGGUCUGGAUACUACUAACUGUCCUGUCUGUGAUUCCUUUUUCUAUUAUUUUCCGUAACAAACGGAAAGCUCUGCUCCCCAUAAUAUGGGUAGUAGGUUUGUAUCUUAUUUGCAAUGUCAGACAGUCGCAACAGUGUUAUAACCGUCCAGCAUUUCAAAAAGUACUGCCACCCUUUUCCUCAGCCCAAGCAUUGUCGGAAAUCACCAGCUCCGAUGACUGUUUUCUCUUCAAAUGUGGAUCACUCAAGGUUGUAAGGAAGUUAACCAAACACGAUCCAGAUGUUUUCUCGCAUCAUUGCUGGCUCGCGUCGUUGAAUGGUCGAUACGUUGUUGUGAAGCAACCUCCAACGUACCCCUAUAACAAAGAUGCAAUGCAGAUUUUUGACUUUGGAAGUCAUGUUUGGUCUGAAGAGCAUUAUGUGAGUGAGGAUAGUCUGAACGCAUGGAUAUGGCCCGGUUUAGUUACUCUGCAAGGAUUCUCUAGAAUGCAAUAUGAAAACUUAAAGAAAGGAAGUGACUUGGACAAAAACGGAUUGUGGGAUGAGAAUGAGCUUAUGAAGUUUGUGAAUUCUGUUGUGGAGGUGAUUAAUAAUAGCCCUUCGAGAGAACUGUUUUAUUACAGACGUUUGUCUGGAGGUGAGCUUUUACCUACGUUUUAUGGCCAUUGUGAACGGCAACUUAUUGUUGAAUAUUUCGCACAAGGAGAUUUGAAAUAUUUUAUAGAGUCUAAAUUUAAUGAGCAAGACCGUAUGAACUUCAUAAUCUGGAAGCAAAUUGUUCUAGACAUGAUUCAAAUAAUCGACCGACUCCAACAAACGAGUCUUGGUCUUCUUUAUCAUUGUGACUUGCAUCCAUCCAACUUUGGUGUCGAUGACAAUUUUAGGGUGAAGAUGCUUGACAUUGAGAGUUUGUUCAUGGCAAAUACUGUCAAUGCCGCUAUCAGCAAUCAAAUGUGCAGCAACAGCAAUGAUUUGUGUGCUGUGGAGAAUUGCAAGAGUGCAUGUAACGUGGAGGAAAAUAGUUGCAUUCAGUUAAGAACUGAUUUCAACUACUGGGCUUUGUGCUCUCAGAUCUUCUAUAGGAACGGUCACACGUACAGUUUGAUAUGGCAAAGGACAAGUUUGAAAGAACACUUAACAGUUGAGGAGUAUAGUCUCUUGCAGCGUUUAGUUGAGCAAUGUGCAUUGAGCACAGAACGUGCUGACCAGAUUGUUAAUCUGAUCAAACGCUUAAUUGAAAGAUUAUAGCUCUUUUAUGUGAAUAUGAUAUUGCUUCAUGUAGCCUGGUGAAAGAACAGUUCACUAGUGGUCAUACGCGACAGUUUAGUAUCAUUAUCAACAUGAUAUACGGGCAUUCAUACAGUCUAGUCUAUUCCAUGAAUAACAUAAUACAGAA